GAGAGAGAGAGAGAAUAGAGAGAAUAGCUAUAACGCGCCGCGGCAUUGUUUGCGCGCAAACGUCGCAAAGUUUGCGACCGGCGAGAUUGUGUGCGUCAAAAGGUGCGGAUUUGAAAGUGUUUUAAAGGACGGUUUCUAACGUGACUAGAAAUGCAAUUGGUCUUUCUGCGCACAUGCUCCUUUCUAACGCUGGAUUCCUGAUUGGAUCUAUUUUAGGUGGAGUUAUUUCCCCUCAAGAGAAAUGAAUGCAAUAUAGCGCGCGCAUUCGCAGGGCUGGACAUUUCCCUUCGUUUUCAGUCUCCUCAAUUCUUCCCUGCAAUACAGACACUGCCAGAAUCGGUCUAAAUGAGUGCCAGGACCUCGGAGAGACUGGCGCCCUCCAUUCCCCACUGUGCCUUAAACGGAACCGCUCUGGCCGGCAAUGGCACCUGCUUUGACCGGGUGGAUCAGCUGUUCCAGGCGUUCUCCUCCACCGUCGUGCUUUUCGUGCUCAUCGCGAUGAUCGUUGGGAUAAUAAUCGUGUCCGUCACGACCUUCCACUUUCACAAAAGCAAGAUGAAAAAGCGCAAGAUACAGAAAGCCCAGGAGGAAUACGAGCGCGACAGCUGCAGUCCCAAAACGGCCAAAGGCAAGCCGGUGGUCCGGCAGUGCAUCAUGGUGAGACCCCCCGCGGCAGUGCGCAAAAGUGAUCCAAACACGGAGGAUCCUGGCGUGACAGAGGACAAGAGACACUCGGGACAGACCAAGGAGGAGGACUUGUUGGAAUCGGUCGCUGUGUCUUGAUAACGCAGUGCCAGCCUUUGGAGGACGCUGUAAAUAACCUCUGUAUUCCUAUGAUAUUACCUACGGAAUAUGUCGAUUCUUUGUAUAAGCAUUAGAGUUGAUAAGUUUUCAUCGUAGGAACGGUUUUUGAGAAGGACUGAGGGAGGACUGCUCAUGGAACUGCUAUCGUAAUUGUGAGCCAAUCCUAACGGGAUCGAACUAAGAGAGCAUUGAGUAAGAUCCUGCUGGAUAAAAUGAAAUGAGAAGGAUUUUAUUGAAUAUUAGUGGCAUAAGUACGAAUCAAUGCCAAUGAGAUUGAACAGAAACCCUCCAAGAAUCAAAUACGCUUGUCAUUUCUUGGCGAACUUUAUUGAAUACUAAUUGAUGGGAUCAAAUGA